AUGAGUGAAUAUAGUGAAAGUACUAACAGGUACACGCCGCCUGUCAAUCCAGAAGAAUAUUUUAUGGAAAAAAAUAUAACUCCACCUCCACAUCUGAUGUCCUUAAAACAAACUCAGUUACCUUCAUCGCUAUCCUCGCCAAUAGCAUCGGAGCCUUCGCCACCGUCCUCACCCUCACUGAUAUUAUUAGAGUCUUCCCCACUACCCUCACCAAUAGCAUCGGAACCUUCGCCGCCAACCUCACCCUCACCGAUGUUCAAAGAGUCAGGUUACCUGCUAGAACCAAAUGAGGGGGUGGUGGAUUUAUUAGAGUCUUCCCCAAUGCCCUCAUCGAUAUCGGAACCUUCGCCGCCAACCUCACCCUCACCGAUGCCAUUAGAGUCUUCCCCACUGCCUCUGUUCCGUUGCCUGCUAGAACCAAAUAAGGGGGUGGUGGAUUUAUUCGAUAUGAAUGAAUUACCAUCCCCAGCUAAAAAAAGGCGUUGUGUAAAUGUAUGUAAAAGAGAAAAAACUAAUAAUAGUUAUAAAAAUAAUUUAAAAACAGCAGCUCAGAAGGAUUUGUCGUUAUCUUCGAAAAAAUCCGUAAUAUUACUUGAUGAUGAUGACUCACAAAUACAAUCCGAUUCAGGUUCAAGUGAAAAUGUAGAGGAUUUUUUAGUUUAUUCUCCUUUAAAUCAAUCCUAUAAUGCUGAUGGAAAUGAAAAUACUAUCGGUUGCGACAGUCAUGCUGAAACACCAAUUGAAUCAUUAAUAGCAGAAGUGCUGUUUGAUCCAAAAACUGGAUCAAUGCUCACUUACAAUUUGAACAGGGAAAAUGGAAAUAAUAAGGACCUUAAUGGUCUUGCAGCAGAACCAGUGGAAUUAACGCAAGAUAGGCCAAUUUCUGCAGCAUCUAAAACUAACAGCUAUGAUUCUGGCAGGCAUGGAUCUCAUUUUAGCUCUUCCGAAGCACGACCACACUCCAGUUUUUCAUUGGCUUCAUCAAGCGGCAGACAGUCACUAACAUCUACCGAGGAAUCUAGCAAAUCUUUACCAUCACUAUCUGCUCCACUUUCAUCCAAAAGAAAUUAUAAUAGUAAGAUGGUGAAUAAGAAAAUAUCUAGUUUUAUUGAUCAAUUAAAUCCUAAGGACAUUGAAGAAGCAAAUAAGGCAUUAGCAAAAUUUUUUUUUGGGUGUAAUAUACCACUCAGCGUAGUAGAGUCUGAUCAUUUUAAAAAUUUUAUUGCUAACAUUCGUCCAGCAUAUUCUUCUAAAUUACCAAGUAGAAAGGUGCUGUCUACCACAUUGUUAGAUAAAACCUAUAACAAAUGCAUAGAAAAGAGUUCCAAAUCACUCAAUGUAUAUUCAGUACUAUUAAUUGAUGGUUGGAAAAAUUCAUCUAGCAAUACAAAGACAGUAGUGUCUAUGCUUCAUAAUGCUGGAGGAUCUCAAGCUUUCUUAAAUGCCUGGGAUUUGACCGGAGAUUCAGAGACAGGAGAUAAGCUCUCAGAGAUAGUUAAUGAGUCUAUUCAAAUGGCCAAAGAUCUGUAUAAUACAAGAGUCUAUGCUGUAGUGUCCGAUAAUGCUUCAGCAAUGCUUAAAAUGGGUCGAACUGUUGAAAUAUGGCAUUCAAAUUGCAAUUCGCAUACGGCUUAUCUCUUAGCAAAGGACGUAUUGGAUGCAGAUUGUACAAAAAAUGUUAUUAUUGUCUUAAAGGAAUUUAAGCAAUCUGAUUUGGAAAGAGCAUUAGUUGACAAUAAUGGCCACAGAAUAAAGCUUCCUUGCGAUACAAGGUGGUGUUCCUAUAGAGAUUCAUAUGUUUCUCUGAUAAAAAAUUUACAUAUAAUGAAGAAUCUUAUUGUUAAUGACCCAAAUUUUAAGAAAAUAAAACAAAAUGUAAAGUCUUUAAUUUUUGAUGAUUGCUUUGCUGAACAAGUUAAAGAGUAUAUUUUAUUGUUUGAUCCAAUUUGCACAUUAAUAAAUAGAACGCAAAGUAAAAACUGCGGUGCUGCAGAGGCUGCAAAUCUUUGGAUGAAUCUAAAAACUGGAACAUAG